AGACCAGAGUGUGAGAGGCACGCUCGCAGCGCGGUAAAAAAAUCACGCGGCAAGUAAGAUCUUCGGCUGAUACUUGGUAUUUUUGGAAAAACAAAUUAGCUGAAUUGAGAUUACGCGUUACAUUCUGCGAGAUAUCACCUCGUGAAUAUAUGUCAGGUGUCAUAACAGCGAAUCGGUAUCUUAGAUCGUAACGAUCGAACGAAGGAACGCCGAGAACGAUCGCUCUUGACGGAGUUAGCACGGUCUAUCUCAGACACAGGAAGUGUGAUCAAAUCGAUCUUUCGCACGGAAAACUGUUUAUUAAACUCGUAUUAAAAUUUUUGUUUGGUGCACUUGUAGAUGGAUCCGCAUUGGUAAAUAUUAUCCGAAUAAAAUCGUGUCGAGUGCAUUUUCGAAGAUAGCCAUUUUGGCGGGUGACGUGUUGCGUGCGUACUUGGGACAGCCAUAGCACACACGGUGUGCGCGGCGGCCUCGUGCGGCCUGUCGUUGUAAGAAGUGCGCGGCCGCGAAUAUACGCGAUUUAUUAAGAAUACGCGAGGCCAGUCCGGUAUCCAUAGAAUAAUGACGAAAUGCGAUUGGCGGGUAUACCGCCCGACAAUAAACAGUGGAUUAUUCUCCGCGUGCAAUUUUCCGCCGUGCUGCUAGCAGGGGUGGGGAUAAGGCAAUGCUCGAUGAGAAAGUACGACGAACGCAUGCGCAGAUGAGUUUACAGUUGAAAAUUGGAAGAAAAUGGCGUCAGCUAAGUUUCUGGAGGAAGCUCUGAGCACGGAUGUCGACGAAUCCGCAGUGAACGCGAUAGUAGGCUCUCUGGAGACACAGCUCGUAACGUCCACGCCAACCGUGGCAGGCCAUCAAGUGAGUUCCGCGUCGGUCGGCCAGCAGAAUCAUCAGGUGAAUAGCGCUAUAUCCAACGGGGGCACCAUCGCCGCGGUGCAACCGCAGAAACAUGGGGUUUCGAACGGCGGCGGUGCGACUACUGUGAACAGUCUGAUGACUCAGGAGGUCACCAAGUCUAUUACCACCAGCACUCUGCUACCAGUAAAUGUGGUUACUUCAAAUACAGUGGUGCCAGUGACACAGGUUAUUACCACACAACAGCAGCAACAACUGCAGCAACAACAUACACAACCGCCAGGAAUAUCUCCUGCUACCUAUAUCAAUCAAGUGACCACUCAUCAGGUGUCUAAUAAUCAAACUACAAAUAUAUCAAGUUUAACAAAGACACAGGAGCCAGUGAAGAUUAUCUAUCCUACAGUUGGGCAAGUUAUAGCUACUACUGGAGUAGCAAAUGCCAAUAACAAAAUUUCUUUUCCCACUCAGACUGUUAGUCAGUUGGCAAAUGGUACCUUAGGUAUAACUUCACAGGCUGUGCUGCAGACUACGUCAAAUGUUGUUACCAAUGUUGGUUCUGUCAGUCAAACAGGCAGUCAAACAGUGACUACGGUGAACAAACCGACAGCUCUAGUGAUCAAGACCAGUGUAGCACCAGGUGGGAUGGUUUCUGUUCCAAUGACAGUUCCAGUUUCUAUAGCUGGAAAUGCAGUCAGUACAGCUUUACAAGCCAAAGCUGGAGUUACUUCUGCAUUAGUACCCAGUAAUGUUCAAAUUCUCAAUGUAAAUACAAUGCGUCCAGCCACACCAGUGGCAGGACAGCAAGCUAAUAAACAAGUUACAUCGAGAGUUGUAAUUGGACAACAUCAAUUGGUCCAAGCAAGACCAGGAACUCCAGGGAUAACGUUACAGGCACUUCACAGUCUUCAACCUGGUACUCAAGGUCACCUAUUGUUAAAAACCGAAAAUGGCCAAUUUCAGUUGCUCAGAGUUGGUCCAGCUCCUACUGCGGGUACUCCUGCUGGUACUGCAGUUACUCCAAAUAGUAUAACUGGAAACGCAGUUGUUGCUGCUGCUCCAACUCCAGGCACAACUUAUCGCAUAGCUUCAGUACCAGCCGUAAGUAGGCUGAAUACUCAGUUCACUGGCCCACCACUCGCCACUCUAAGAAAAUCUGUUCAGACUGUUACCGUUGCUCCUACAAUCACUACACCUACUACGACUGUAGGAACAGCGACUACAACACCAACAACUAGCACUACGUCAACAGCUACUACUGCUCAAACGGUUCAAACACCUGCACCACGUCAAACUACUGAUAAUACCAAAGAAAAGUGCCGUAAAUUCUUAGCGAAUUUAUUAGAUUUAUCUAGUCGAGAACCUAAAGCAGUGGAACGCAAUGUUCGGACUUUGAUACAAGAGCUGAUUGAUACUAAGGUCGAUCCGGAAGAGUUUUGUGACAGGCUCGAAAAAUUAUUAAACGCUUCACCACAACCAUGUCUUAUCGGAUUUUUGAAGAAGAGUUUGCCACUUUUACGGCAAGCUCUUGUUACGAAGGAAUUAGUUAUAGAUGGAAUAAAGCCUCCUCCAGCCAAUGUUGUUUUCUCCAUAGCUUCGGCAGUUGUCCCAACUGCUACACAGCAAAUUCAAUACAGACCUGCAGUUGCGGUAACAGCAACAGUUCCUGUGACUGUAACAACAGCAACAACUCAAGUGAGAGUGAUGACACCACUUCCGACAGUGGCUACAGCAGUGACGGCGGCAGUGACUGUUGUUACAACAACCGUUCCACGGCCUGCUCAACCUGUUCAACAGAGACUGGUUCGACCCAUUACGACCGUGGUUCGUAGCCCUUCUACAACGUAUGCUGUGAAAACGUCUCCCGUUGCAUUGACUGGAAUUCGUCCCACUGCUCCUGUUGUUCAAAAAGCACCCACAGUUGCAACAACAGUUGUUAAAACAGUUACGACUAUUACACAAGGCAAAACAGUUAGUACAACCACUACUGUUAAUAAAGCCGCAGUGCCUUCUCUUGUCCAGAAACCGACUCCAAAGGAGAAAGAGAAAAAGACAUUUUCGUCAGCAGGAUAUACUGCGGACGAUGACAUAAACGAUGUAGCAGCUAUGGGUGGUGUUAAUCUUGCAGAAGAAUCUCAAAGAAUUCUUGGUUCCACCGAAUUUGUCGGUACUCAAAUACGAUCCUGUAAAGACGAAGUAUUUUUGCAUAUGACAUCAUUACAACAGAAAAUUAAACAAAUUGCAUCUAGCCAUGGACUGGAGGAACCCAAUCAAGAAGUUUCAGCUUUAAUUUCACAUGCUGUUCAAGAGAGGUUAAAGAAUUUAGUAGAAAAAUUAGCGGUCAUUGCAGAACAUAGGAUAGAUUUUAUCAAAGUUGAUCCUAGAUACGAAGUAACACAAGAUGUAAAAGCACAAUUAAAGUUUCUAGAAGAUCUAGAUAGAGUCGAACGUAAACGGCACGAAGAGCAAGAACGAGAAUUGCUUUUACGCGCAGCAAAAAGUCGUGCGAAAACAGAAGAUCCUGAACAAGCCAAAUUAAAGGCUAAGGCCAAAGAGAUGCAACGUGCAGAGAUGGAAGAAUUAAGACAAAGGGAAGCGAAUCUAACAGCUUUGCAAGCAAUCGGUCCUCGCAAAAAGCCUAAACUCGACACAGCGGGAUCGACUAGCUCGGGAAGCACGUCUGGUGCAAACGCGUCGACAAGCGGAUUAAACAGACAAAUGCCGAUGAGACCACGUGUAAAGAGAGUGAAUUAUAGGGAUUUAUUGUUUUUGUUUGAACAGGAGAAAGACACGUGUAGAAGUACAACGCUGUAUAAAUCCUACUUGAAGUGAUGUAUUAUGAAGGGCAGGAACUUAAGUGAUCCGCCCGAAAUCUGGCGCUGUAUCAUCAUCUGCAUGGUCUUGUAUGAGCUGGCCUCGAUGGAUCGUGAAACGUUUCUCUACGUUGCAAUGUACAGUGUAUUUCAUUGCGAAAGUUGCGUAUCGCAAAGUAACCUCCUCGUUGAGAGUCGGCUUGGAAUUCCGCAUACAUUCAAACUAAAAAAUUGUUUCCACCAUGUCGAUACUCUACUUCCCUAUUGUAAAUGACUGAACAUUUUUUAACUGUAAUAUACGUUUUUUAACUGUAAUAUAAUAGAUUGUUCUUUAUUUUUCAACACAAGAUCGUAUCAAGGAGGAAUGUGUAUGAAGCACAUACGUCUCGUGAUUAGUCUACACAAGGUCCUUUUGCGGGAGGGAACGUUGUGUAUGGCCAUAUAGAAAAAAUUGUUAUGUAAUAAAACGCGUGAAUGCAUUAAACGGAGCGAGUGUAUAUUGCCACUAUAUGAUCGCUGCAUUGUAAUAUUUGACCUAUACUUUUGGACACUGUAGCGCUAGUGUAAAGUGAGUUUUGUUAUGAUAGUAUAAAUCAUAUUUUUGCAAACUGUAAUGUAAUACGAUAUAAUACCACGAGCACACUGUCCAAAAAGUAUGGAAUAAUUUGUACUAUAUCUUUACACAUAACUACUAGCGAUAAUUUCGAUGUUGGUACAACAGAAUUUAGCCAAUCUCCACCGAAAGAUGGAAUUGUUAUCAGUAUAUUAUGUUGUAAUCUACAUUUUCAGUGUUUAUAAAAAAAAUUAGCUGUUACGUUUUUUAUUAAAGAAAUAUUUACAAAAGUAAGAAUAUAACCGAUAUUCUUUUUCGAUCAAUGUUAAUUUAAGUAUUUAUGUUUCUUUUUUGUGGAAUUGAUGCAGAUUCUGCUUACGAUGAUAAAGAUGCAAAAAAAAAAAAAAA